AUGCUCCGAGUUUUCCUGGCUGUUGCUCUCGCUUGCCUACAACGGGUGGAAGCAAAGAUCAUACAUGGAGAAGCCCUGAAAAUACAUGACUAUCCGUUCAUGGCUUCUAUUCAGUGGAAAAGAGAUGGAGAAUGGGAACACCGUUGCGGCGCGUCUAUUAUUCACCCGGAAUGGAUUUUGACGGCGGCCCAUUGCAUCGACGAAAUCGACGUAGAAAAUACUCGAAUCAUUGUCGGUGCUACAAAUAUCUUUGCGGAAGUGGAGGAAGAAAUGCAAAUUUUGCGUCCUAAACGUUUACUCAUACACCCCUAUUUUGUGCACGAGAAGGCGAUGGAAUUCCCGAAUGAUGUUGGACUUAUUCAGCUAGAAAUGCCUAUAAAAUAUGGCGACACUGCUCAACCUGCCGUCCUUAUUAGUUGGAAGCUGCCAGCGGAAGAUCUGAACCCGAUCUACUUUCUAGGCUGGGGAAACAUUGCGCCUGGAGUCAAAGGAUGGGCAAGAGAAACCGAUAUUCAUCGUUACAUGGUCUCGAUUCAAUCUGAACCGGGUAUGCAUCGGUGCGGAGGUUCUAUCAUCGCCGACGAUUGGGUGUUGACCGCAGCCAGCUGCGUAGCCGCUGAUCCCAUUACGCCCUAUGAUACUUCGAAAUACACAAUCAUCGCUGGAACUCCUUGGAUAAACGACACAAAGAACCAUCCUGGUCCAACGGAGCAACGCCUUGCGGUCGCGAAGGUCUACAUCCACAAGAAAUGGAAGCCCUCGGGGAUUGACGAUAAUAUAGCGCUGAUCAAGUUGCGAGGAAAAUUCAGCUGGGACAAGCACGUAAACCCAGUGAUGCUAUGGCGGGCACGAAUGCCUGCCCGGAUUGCUGUAAAUAUCCUCGGUUGGGGAAUAGCUUGGGCGAACGGUGAGGAUGAAUAUCAGCCUCGACUGCGUGGCUACAUCGCUCAAAUGCUGCCGCGGGGUCAGUGCAAAAUUGGAAAAGAGGGCGAGAGGACCCAGUGCUUCGAUGGCGGACAGAAAUCUUCCAGUCCUUGUCGUGGUGACACAGGGGGCCCAAUAACGACUUAUGCGCCUGCCGUAAACAAAGCCUGGUACUAUGUGCAAGUGAGCUUGAUUGGCCGUCUUAGAGACGAAGAUUGCCAGACACCUGACACCACAAUCCAAGGGCCCGAGAUCGCUCUCUACUGCGAUUGGAUUCAUGCAACCACGGGCGAGAAAUUGUGUCUCGAAUUA